AGAUGGAUUGUCGUCAAGCAGAAAGCAAAGCCCUGCAAGGAAGAAUGUCACAUGUACAGUGGAUAAGACGAAUCCUUCAGAAACAGAUCCUGAACACAUAUUGAUUGCAGAUUUAAUGAAGAAUUACGACCUGAAUGCAAGACCAGUCCUUGAUAAAAGCAAACCUGUCAACAUUUCGUUUGAUCUUGCUUUUAAUCAGAUUGUAGAAUUGGUAAUUUCACAUAGUUUAUGAUCUAUAAUUUUAUUCUCAGUGGAUAAGUGGAUCUGUUCUAAGCAGUUCUUCCCUGCAUGAGGUCCAGUAUAAGGGUGGUUAUUCCUUGGAGGAAACCUAAACUCUGCUUUUUUAUAUACUGAUAGCUCUAAACUGGUCUCCCAAGAGGGCCAGUGAGGGCCAUUCCUUAUUUUUCAUGUGGUAAUGCGGGAGCAAAUGAAGAACCAGAGGAAAAUCUGCGGUAUCAGAUUUCAACCACUUUUCUCACAUGUGAUUAAGUGGAAAUUAUACUCAGGCAACUACAUUGCAGGAAUCGUACGAAGUGAAAGACACACACGGACAACCACUCUGCCAGUACAAUCAUUCUUUAAAUCUUAUUCUAUAGGAUGGACGAAGGCAAACAUUGAGAAGCAAAGUUUGGUUGAGACAGGUAUGAAGUUGGAUAACUAAGUUGGAUGACUAGAAUAUUUCAAAUCCGAUAAUGGGGCACGUAUCGCAUUCAAGAUAAUUGCGUUCUAGCAUUGCAAUGGCACUGACAUUGGAAACAAGAACAUUCCAGGACUCCUUUUUAAUAAUUAAUCUUCCUAUCAAUUAAUCUUCCUAUCAUUCAAUUAAUCUUCCUAUUCAUUGAUCCUCCUUUCUUUAGUUUUGGACGAAUCCGUACCUCACAUGGAACGCGAGUGAUUAUUGUGAUAUAAAGUUUGUUAUCGUCAAUUCCAAGAACGUUUGGAAACCCGAUGUAGUGCUGUAUAACAGGUAAGGCUGGAAGUAACCCAUGGGAUGUGCGUGAUCGCAAUGAUUACUGCAUCAGCUUUGUGAGCGAGGUUAGACUCCUACAAUAUGUCUUACGAUUUCAUCUCAAUCGAAUGUGAGAAUACAUUAACAUAAUUAAAUUUAUAUUGCGCAUAUUAGCAUGCAGAUAUGUCCAUAUGCAGAGUGCUUCCAGUUUGACUCUAUCAAAUACCGCAGGUUUUCUUCGGGUACCCUCCAUGGUUUCCUUCUGUGUUAUGACCAAACCAGUGAGUGAUGUCUCAUGCUUAGAACUAAUAGAGCUGUCCAGUUUGACUUUUCCAAAUACCGCAUAUUUUCUUAGGGUACUCUGGUUUCCUGUUGCAGUAAGACCAGACCAGUCAGAGAUGUCUCAUGCUGCAUCUCUAAGGAGAACAUGAGUUUAGAACUGAUAGAGCUGUCUAGUUAACAGUUCAGCUUCGCAUUACCUUCGUCGUAAAUUUUUUGAAAACUACUAUUCUAGCCAGUUCGUCUUGUAUAUUGACAGAAAAUUAAGAUGGAUAACGGAUUCAGCUACCUGAAAUACAAGAAAAACUUGGACGUUUCGAGCGACCGAUGCAGUUUUACUUGUAUUUUUCAGGUCGUUGAAUCCCUAUCGAUCUGAAUUUUCUGGUAGUUUUGUCACCACCCACACUGGCUGUGUGUGCUCGUCCGUCUUGUAGUGGCGGUACAAAAGCCAGCUUCACACUAACAAUUCUGUUUGCGAGUCUUCCCAAUCUCAUCCUGACAAAUGUGAUUGAAUAAGUGACAUGCAAAAGACUAAGAAAUGAGGAAGAAGUUAUUUCGCUGACCUCAGAAUGACAUUUCGUCAAAACUUUUUUCUUCAAGAUUGGUUUAGAAACAAACUUGGAAUAGGGUUAGUGUUUGGAAUAGGGUUAGUGUUAGUAAGACCGUUGCUUUGUUACGUUUUGUCACUCUGAGGCCAGCGAAAUCAGCUCCUCCUAAAAAUGUUUACUUCCAAAAAGCGUUUCUAUACUUUUUUGUGGGAGUCCACCCAUUUGCAUCCAUCAGAAAGACAAAAUCGUUGAUGUGAACCCAUGUGAAUCAGGCUUAAGGUGGAUGACCCGUCAGACGGACGAUGACUGUUAUGUUUCUUUUAUUUAGCAUUGGUCAAGAAGCAGCAAUAUACAAUAGAAACUACAUGAUAAAGAUCCACUCAAAUGGAAGAACUGAAUGGUUCCUUCCCGCGGAGAUCAGCAGCAUUUGUCAAAUCGAUAUCAAGAACUUCCCAUUUGAUUCUCAGGAAUGUAAACUGAAGUUUGGAUCCUGGGCUUACACUGGCGCUGAGGUUGGCCAAUUUAAUUAAAUUGCGUUCAUAUUAUAACGUUUCUUUGAUCAAUUUGUGUGAGACAAUGUAUUCUUUCAAACACUUUAAAACCCUCAAAGCACAAAUAGACUUUCAUGUACAAAGUUCUAAAUGAUUUGGCUCCAAGUUCGCACGCUACUCUUUUCGUACGCAAAAGAAACAUAACAGAGUAUGAUCUUAAGGACUCCUCUACCUCACUACAACUACCUUUGCCAAAAACUGAAAACCUUGAGAAAUGCUUUUGUUAUGAUGGAGCUAAACCGUGGAACUCAUUAUACCUGCAGAUAUGCGUGAUUCAGAUACAUUAUCAACAUUUAUAAAUGCAAUUGACGCUUGUAAUUUCUAAUAUAAUGUUAUUAAAUUUGUGCAUAAUUGUUUUGUAGUUUAGUGUGUAUAAUAUUUUGUUAUGUAAUAUCAUGUAAUCCACACGCCCCUCGUGGAAAUCAGCAUAUAGUUGACGCGGCCAGCGUGUGAUCUUUUAAAUAAAGUUUUACCUACUUACUACCUACCUACCCACUUACCCAACUACCCACCAAUUUUCGUGACACGUUUUGAUGACGUGAAAUGAACGAGACAACACCCCAUGGCUAAUAUAUACAUUCUCUCUAUUUUAUACAGGUAGAUCUUAUACUCGAAAAAAAAGCAGCAGAUUUGGCCGCGUUCACUCCAAACGGGGAAUGGGAGAUGGUCAGCAUGCCAGGGAUGCGGCACUCUCUCACAUACACCUGUUGCCCAAACCCUUAUGUCGACAUUACAUAUACCAUCAACCUCAAACGACGUGUGCUGUUCUACCUCAACAAUCUUAUAAUACCUUGCAUCAUACUAGCCGCUAUGACGGUACUAUCCUUUUAUCUUCCGCCUGAAUCGGGCGAGCGGGUUUCACUUGUCAUCACCGUGCUUUUAGGUGGGUUUAAAUAUAUUCAUGAUGAUGACCCUUACUGGACCUCUAGGGAGAACAGUUUAGAACUUAAAGAGUUAUCCAGUAUAAAUAGAGCUUUAAUUCUGCUUUCCUCCUGUAGUAACACUGGAUCAAUAAGUGGAUCUCUGGGAAGAACAGUUUAAAUUUUGCUAUCAAGUAUAAAUAACGUUAGUUUAGCUUACAUUUACUCGCCUUGCUGGAUCUCUGGAAGAGAACAGUUUAAAACUGAUAAAGCUAUCCAGUAUAAAGAAAGCUAGUUCUAACUUAAAUGCCGUCUUGAAGUAAUACUGGACCAAUAAGUGAUGAAGUUAGUGGAUUCUUAGGUUUAUAACUGACAGAACUGUCAAUAGUUUAGUUUAGGUUUACAAAUUGAACCUUGCUGGACCUCUAGAGAGAACAGCUUAGACCUGGUAGAACUAUCCAAUAUAAUAUCCAGUUGGGUUAGGUUUCCUCUUGUAGUAAUACUGGAUCAAUAAGUAUUACCCUUACCAGACCUCUGGGAAGAACAGUUUAGCACUGAUAGAACUAUCCAGUAUAAAACAAAAUUUCUAGUAUUUUGCAGUUUUAUUAAUCUGAAAUUGGUCAACCUCACAGGUCUCACUUAACGUUAAUUUAGCGUGAGACCUCUGGUGCAUUUACUCUCUGUGUCCAGGAUCCAAAUACGAGUGUACAAUGUUGAGUUACAUGUUUUAACUUGAAUAUUCUUAUUUGCAGGCCUAACUGUAUUCAUGUUACUUUACAACGAGAGCAUCCCACCAACGUCUGAAUCAAUGCCUCUGAUCGGAAAAUAUUUCUUUGCGGUGCUGGUCGAAGUCACAAGCUCGCUGGUAAUAAAUUGUUUCAUAAUCCGAUGCUAUCACCAUAAUCCUUUCAAAGAGAUGCCGGCCUGGUUUCGCUAUCUCAUCUUCACCGUCUUUGCCCCACUUCUCAGAAUGAAAUUCCCGAAGCGCACGCAGAAGAUCGAAGAACGGCGCAGGCCAAGCCAGGUGCGUCUCCUACCGCACAACAAACAUAUUUACACCACGGCAACAGUAGCAAACGGCACUGGAAAGCACCCGCCAUGGAACGCUAAUAAUAAUCAUCUCAGCCCCAGAGGUUCACACCAAAGUUUGGAAAAGGUAUCAAUGGAUGAUGAAAGACUAGAUUGUAUAUCUCAGCAAGUUGAUAUAUUGCUAGAUCAUUUUGAUAACGAACAGAAAGUAGACGUUAAAAGAGAUGAAUGGCAUUUUGCUUCCAUCGUCCUCGAUCAGAUAUUUUUCUACGUCUUAACCGCUACAAUAAUAUUUUCUGUCAUCACGUUUUAUACAAUGAUCCCCGAUUAGACGGUGCCCGCGUGUACGUAAAAAAACGUCCGCGUUUCGAUCUUCCGCGCGAACGAUUUCCACAGUUACGUACAAUUAGCAUCCGCGUUCCGCGAUCACGUUUUGUUGACUGGUGUUUCGCGUUCAAUGGUCCUAUUGAGGAUAAUAUACUAUCUAAUUUUUUAAAGAUUAGAACAAUUACUAUCAGUUUAAAGCUGCAUAAAGUGUAAAUGCUCGUUUCCAUUUGGGAAAAUUUUCCGCAGAAAAAAAAUUUGUAGAAUGUGAUUGGCGGACACAAAUUUUCCGUCGGAAAAAAUUUUGAAGUUGAAAAUUUUCAACUUUUAACAAUGACAUUCCCGGAAUAUUUUCUGUCCGUGGAAAUUUUUCUUGAGUUGAAAUGGGCCUUAAAGCUGCCAAGCAACAGCAAGAAUUUUAGUAAAAACUUGUUCAUAUGUAGAGCAUAUAAAAACUCGCAUUAAAUGCGGUAAUUGUAACCAAGUAAGAUAAUUAUUGCUUUUUUAUUGUAACAAAAUUGAAGUG